UGCUUCCUUGGCCACUCCAAAGGCACCAGCCCUGAGGGAUGUGCCUGCCAUGGGCAAGGGAUUCUGCAACAUUCCUUGUACAUCCACAAAAUGGGCAGAACUAGAGCAUCACCUCUCCCUGCAGCACCUUCCAUCUCCCUGCUCCACAUCUUUCUUCUGCAGUCCCUUCCAUCUGCCUGCUCCAAGUCCUUCCCAUGCAGCACCUUCCAUCUCCCUGCUAAGUCCUUUCCCUGCAGUCCCUUCCAUCUCCCUGCUCCACAUCCUUCUCCUGCAGUCCCUUCCAUUUCCUGCUCAGUCCCAACUCUUGGCUCACACCUCGAUCCCUCCUCAAAAGCCCAGGGCCAAGGUUAGUUUUGCUAGGAAUGUCAGCAAAGAUUAGGAGUGGGGCUGGUGGUGAUGUGUCCUCAGACUAGACUGCUGUGAUUCAGUAAUUUCAAUCACUGAUUUUGGUCAUGACUAAGAUGAGGAAGCAACAAACCUGUUAAAAUAUAACUUGCCAAAUGUCAUCUUCUGCAGUUCUGUAUUUUGGUGGUUAUCCUCAAAGGAAUGUGCUAGAGAAUGGUUAAAUCCCACUGCUGACUGUGCUCAGGCUGUAUCAGCUGCCAGAAGCCAGGUGCCUGUACUCUCCUCUGAGCAGUACAGCAGUCCACAGCUGCUCAGGAUGUUUCCUUAUGCAUUUUCACACUUGAUUAUUAACUUUUAUUAACUGUCUUCUGUGUAUCUUAAUUGGUUGGUGACCUGUGUCAUGGACACUGAUUUUGGGCACUGAACCUGUAACUCUGCUCUGAUCAGGCUCAAGGCUUUGUGCUUCCUUGCAUUCAGAGGUUGGAAGAGGAAACUAAAUCUCCUGGUCUCUCCUGUCCUCAGCAGUUUGGGGACAUGUGGCUGCCGGGCCAGGACCACCACUGGCACCUCGCUUGCAAACUCAGGUUUUCCUAUCACCUGUUUUCCCUCCUGGCUCUGGGAAAACAAACCAAGUUCUCCCCACUGUUAAUGUUUGAUCAGGACCUGCCUGUUGCUCUCUGAACUCAUCCCUGCAAUAAAGGCGGGAGCUGUGGCGGGCCAGGAGCUGCAGGGUGUUGGAUGUGGGCCUGGAGCUCAGCCCGCAACUCAAACAGAGCCCCGGGAGGAUGCCUGGAGGGGCCCCGCUGUCCCAUCUGCCUGCUGAAUCAUUUAUGAACAUCUCUGUCAACCUCAGGUGUCUCUCCAAGCAGGGUGUGGCAGGGAUGAUCCCACAGAUCCACCCUAUGGGAUAUUCCUGCUGGGAGAAGCCUGCACAUCCUCAGGGUGAAGGGAAGCGGGAGGGGGAUGAUGAGGGAGCCAAGGGAUGAAGGAGCCUGAGAGGAUGUGUCCUUCCACCUUGUAGCACCAGCUCCAGCUAUGUGCAUCCCUGAGCCCUGAGUCCUCCCCUGCCCUGGCGCCCAUCACCUCCUGGGAGAGCUCUGGACAAAAGGAAUUUGAGAUGCUCCAGCAUUCCCUCCAUCAAAUACAGUUUUGGCUACACCCUCAUCUCCACCAGGAGCACAGCAGCUCCUCUUCAGGUUACUCAUCCGAGCAUCCAUCCUCCAAUGGAGGAAUCGUUUCACCAGGGAUAGUGGAGGCACAGGCUGCCCUCACUGGUCCUUUGCUGGACACCGUGGUGGUGGCAGACCCUCCAUUUCCCCUCCAGAGGAGAGUUCUGAGCUUUGACAGCUCGUCCCCAUGCUGACUUCUCAGGAGUUCACAGAUCCCAGCCUUUGAUCCUGUUGCAGGAGGGAGCGUCCUGUCUGCCUUGAGCUGGGACUUGGCUCCAGCCUCUCUCCACUGGGCUCAGCUCAUCCCUUCCCUACGGACAACACCCAGCAGCCAGCGGCUCCUCGCUUCCCAAAGGCUCCUUUAAUAGCCCCCCCAGGAUUUCUCUGGGCCACAGCAUUCCCCCAGACAAGCCUUUCUUCUCCUCCUGCCUUUCUUCUCCCAAGGAGCCCUCCGGGAGCAGCGGCAUUGUCAGGAUGGUGCCAAUUAAGCCGAGGCAGCUUCCAAGAGGCUGAGCUGGCCCCGGCCGGGGCUGCUGGUGCUCAUCAAGGUCUCAUUGUUCGGCGGCCGUGGGGCUGUGCCCGCCGGGGCUCUGUCCCCAGAGCGGGGCUCUAUGUCCCCUGCCAGCUCCCAGCUCCAAAGGGUGAUUCAUGGAUGAUUAAUGGGUUAUUAAUGGGUGUCAGCGCAGGGGCUGUGGAGGGGAGGCUUUGCCGAGCCCACUCCGAGUUGAGAAAAACCAGAGAACCAUCAAAGUGGCUGGAGCUCCUGGAGGGGGAGAAAAUCUGGCAGCUUUGGCUCCUUUCCACGCUUUGUGCCUGACAAUGGUCGGGAUCAGUGACUAGUGUGCUUUUAUGAACUGCUCCCUAGGUCUGGCUGGCACAGCAUGGCCACUCCAGUGAGGAUGUUCCCAGUUUCCCUGUGGACACCGACGCCAACUCCCUGGCCAGGAGAGAACACCACAGCAGCAGCCGAGGCAAAGUGUGUCUUCAACGAAGAGUUCAAGUUCAUCCUGCUGCCCAUCUCCUACAGCAUCGUCUUCGUGGUGGGGCUGCCCCUCAACUCCUGGGCCCUGUGGAUGUUCAUCUCCAGGAUGAGGCCCUGGAAUGCCACCACCACAUACAUGGUCAACCUGGCCCUCUCAGACACGCUCUACGUCCUGUCCCUGCCCACCCUGGUCUAUUAUUAUGCCGACCGCAACAAUUGGCCCUUUGGGACGUGGCUUUGUAAGAUCGUGCGCUUCCUCUUCUACGCCAACCUCUACAGCAGCAUCCUCUUCCUCACCUGCAUCAGCGUGCACCGCUACAUGGGCAUCUGCCACCCCAUCCGCUCCCUCAAGUGGGUGAAGACCAAGCAGGCUCGCAUCAUCUGCGUGGCCGCCUGGCUCGUGGUCACCAUCUGCCUCAUCCCCAACCUCAUCUUCGUCACCACCAGCUCCAAGGGCAACAUCACCCUGUGCCACGACACCACCAAGCCCGAGGAGUUUGACCACUACGUGCACUACAGCUCCUCCAUCAUGGCCCUGCUCUUCGGGGUGCCCUUCCUGGUCAUCGUGCUGUGCUACUGCCUGAUGGCCAAGCGGCUCUGCAAGCCCAGCUUCCCCAGCCCCAGCCUGCAGAUGCCCUCCUACAAGAGGCGCUCCAUCAAGAUGAUCAUCGUGGUGCUCACCGUGUUCGCCAUCUGCUUCGUGCCCUUCCACAUCACCCGCACCCUCUACUACACCUCCCGCUACUUCCAGGCCGACUGCCGCACCCUCAACAUCAUCAACUUCACCUACAAGAUCACACGGCCGCUGGCCAGCAUCAACAGCUGCUUGGAUCCCAUCCUCUACUUCAUGGCUGGGGACAAGUACCGGGGACGGCUGCGCCGCGGGGCCGCCCAGCGCCUCCGGCCCGUGCCCACGCUGGACCUGGCGCUGGUGUCACCCUUCGCUGAUGUCACAGAUAGCAGCCACGGGGCCAGUGUCACCCGAGGGACCGGGUCUGCACGCAGUGGGGGCGGGUGCUGAGAGGGUUCUGUAGCCUCAGCCCCUCAGGGCUCCGUGUGGGCACUCCCAAGUCCCCAAACCUGAGCUGUCCCUGCCCAGCCCUGCAGAGCUGAAGGGCACAGGUUUGUCCCAGCCCUGCCCUGGGAGGCCGUGGGAGGAGGGUGCUGGUGCUGGUCAGGGCAGGACAGCCACCAGGCACUUGCGGGAAUGGGAAGGACGCUGAGGAGGCUCUUUUGGGGCAGCAGGCUGCUGUUCCAUCCCUGGCAUUCUUUGGGACACAUGGGGCUGACAAGUCACUAAAGAGAAAGGACACUUGUGCCUCCCUGGGCAGGCAUAGCUCUUCCAGAUGACUCAGUGGUGACAUGCGGGGACCAGACUGAACCUGGGGACAGAGCCCACACUGAGUGGGUCAGAGAUGUCCCCGUCACACUGCUGGCCUUGACAGAGGGGGAGUGACAUGGCCUGGGGCACUUGCUGCCCAUGACCCCAAAUAAAGCCCCUCCCUUCUCAACA